AUGCGUUCGCAAUUGACUUUCACUACACAUCGCCUGGCUCGCUGUUUCGGCCAUCGAUGCUCAGUUUUUGCUUCAACCAGUCAUGACAGCUUAUCGAUUUUCGGGAAGACGCCAGUGUUCAGUCUUCAGAACAGACAGUUGCAUUUGACGAGCAUUCAAUCGAUUCGCGCUAGAUAUCCAGAUGAUAAACAUGGAAAACACGAAGAUGAGAGUCAGAAAAAUCACAAACAGGCUGAUGAGCAAUUAAACGAGCAACAAAAUGGUCCCAAGAAAAUCGAUCCCGCAACUAUCAGAAAGCUGAGAAUGUACGUGUUGGCUGUUGCUGGUCUCUCGUUCGUCACAUCGUUCUUGAUGUUGUCACAGAUGUUCACUGGAGAUAGAAGUACUGCUGAUGGUCUGACAAGUGAAGACUUCACAAGACCUGGGAUCCCGAUGAAAACAUUUGUCGAAAAAUAUUUGAAGCACGGCGAGGUGAAACGAAUCGUCUUCGUUCCUGCUAACGCGCGUGCUAUUGCAAUUCUGCACCCAGGAGCUGUGAUUGACGGACAGCCCGCGGCAGAGAAAACUGUUAUUGUAGAGUAUCCACAAAAUUCUCAACAGUUCUGGGCAGAAAUUCGUAAAGCUGAAGCAGAAAUCGGGAUAGGUCUCUCAGAAGGCGUGCAGAUUGAUUUAUAUCAAGGAAUGACCACCUUCAAAGUUAUCGAAUUGCUCAUUGGAGUAGUUAUUCUCGCAUGGCUCGGAACUCAAUAUGGCCGCUUGCUUCGAAAGAGACUUCUUGAAAACCAAGCAAAGAAUGCUAAAAAAUAG